UACUUUGGAACAUCCUAACAUGGUGUGGGAAGUGAAGACAAAUCAAAUGCCUAAUGCAGUUCAGAAACUCCUUCUGGUAGUGGACAAGAGAACUUCCGGGAUGAAUGAGUCACUGGAGUUGCUGAAGUGUAAUGAAAACCUGCCCUCUUCUCCUGGAUAUGCAUCCUCUGAUGAACACAUGGAACUUGAUGAUCUUCCUGAACUACAGGCUGUGCAGACAGAUUCUACCCCACCUGCACUUUUUCAGCUUGGUGCCGAUGUUUCACAUCAGGAAUGUUCAAGGCCUUCAUGGAACCAACAUACCUCAAACAGCAGUUCAGAAAAUGCUUAUUCUUGUGAGAAUGGGGUGAACUGGUUGACAGAAUUAGCAAAUAUAGCCACAAGUCCUCAGAGUCCUUUGAUGCAGUGCUCUUUUUAUAACAGAUCAUCUCCUGUUCACAUAAUAGCUACAAGCAAAAGUUUACAUUCCUAUGCACGUCCUCCACCAGGAUCCUCAAAGAAUGAUCCUAACUUCUCCAAGAAUGAUUUGGAUGAAACACCAGUCAGACAUGAAAGGGCAAAUAGUGAAUCAGAAUCUGGCAUUUUCUGCAUGUCAUCACUUUCAGAUGAUGAUGAUUUAGGAUGGUGCCAUUCCUGGCCCUCAACUGUCUGGCAUUGUUUUCUAAAAGGCUCUCGUUUGUGCUUUCAUAAAGGACGCAAUAAAGAAUGGCGGGAUGUUGAAGAUUUUGCAAGAUCUGAAAGCUGUGGAAAAGAGGAAAAUCUCCCAGUGAGUCCUUACAAGGGCUAUGGUUCUGAUGGUUUGAAGCUGAUUUCUCAUGAAGAAAGCAUUUCCUUUGGUGAGUCAGUGCUGAAGCUGACUUUUGAUCCUGGCACAGUAGAAGAUGGCUUGCUUUCAGUAGAAUGCAGACUCGAUCAUCCUUUUUAUGUUAAAAAUAAAGGUUGGUCAUCUUUUUAUCCAAGCUUGACUGUGGUACAGCAUGGCAUUCCAUGCUGUGAAAUGCAUCUUGGAGAUCUGUGUCUACCUCCUGGACACCCUGAUGCCAUUAACUUUGAUGAUUCAGGUGUUUUUGAUACAUUUAAAAGUUACGAUUUUACACCAAUGGAUUCCUCUGCAGUUUAUGUGCUAAGCAGCAUGGCUCGCCAGCGUCGCGCUUCUCUGUCUUGUGGAAGAUCAAACAAUCAAGAUGCCGAGAGAUCAGAAUGCAGUAGUAAAAACUGUGCAUCUACUGCAUCAACAGAUCUUUCCUCCAAUUCUUUGUACAGCAAAGCUGGCAAAAGCCAGAGCUCAGGGACUGCAAGUACUGUGAGUGCCACUUCUCCAAACAAGUGCAAAAGACCAAUGAAUGCCUUCAUGCUUUUUGCCAAAAAAUACAGAGUUGAAUAUACUCAGAUGUAUCCAGGGAAAGACAACAGAGCCAUAAGCGUGAUACUCGGCGACAGGUGGAAGAAAAUGAAAAAUGAAGAAAGGCGGAUGUACACACUAGAAGCCAAGGCCUUGGCGGAAGAACAGAAACGUUUGAAUCCUGACUGUUGGAAACGAAAACGAACAAAUUCUGGCUCACAACAGCAUUAAGCCAGAACUUUCCUGUUAACUCUGUAUUUACAAAAUGGCUGUUGCUUGAUGGCAAGAAGAUGCAAGAUCAAGGUCUUACUGUUUGUUGUGACUUUGUGUGACCAUAAAAUACUGGCACCAUCAAGUCGGAAAUGAUCUAAUAUGAGUGCAGAUUUGCUUUUUACAAUAGAACAUUAAGUAAGCUAAAACUAUCAACAUUUUAAACCAAAUUGCCUUAUUUUUCUUCCAGACUUCAUAUAUGUAUCAGGUAAUAUAGGCUUGAAAAUGGAUAUCCUGUGGUGCUAAAGUACUUCAGAGAGCGGCGAAGGAGACGUGUAUAAAUGUUUAUUUUUAAAAGAAAAUGUACAAAAAAGGGGAAUUUUAAAAUAUGUAACAGCUGUUUAUAUACAUUGAUUCUUAUUGCUGAUUAAUAUGUAUUGCACAACCAUAUUAUUAAUUACGAUUCUGGGGCCUGGGAUUUUCUGAAAUGGCAAAAUGUAUUAUCAGCCUGUAGCUUCCCAGCCUGCCCAGAUGUCAACAAGUUACCGGAACAUGUGGUAAGUGGAGAGGGUAGUGUCAUGUAGCACGGAAGCUGCUGCUUGGGUUGCCA